UCGAGACUACCCUUUUAGUCCUGUCGGGAAUAUUUCUCUCGGCGGUCAGGAUUUAACUGAAUUUUAAACAGUACAGGUUAACGUGGUGUUGUGCUUACAUAACUUUUUUUGGCGAGAAGUGGUUUUCCUCUCCGUAUAAUGGGAAGGGGAGAUAAAAGAGGAAGUGGACAUAGAUCUGAUAGUGCAUCAUCAAACCUAGUCGGCAAAUUCACCCAAAGUGUUCGAAGAAUAGUACAAGACGUCAAAGACGAGGGCACCGCUAGUGGUCUAACUAAGGAAGAGGUCAUAGAAACCAAUGAAAGGCUACGAGCUGUUAGGAUCCGAAUGGACGAGUCGUACGAUAUGGCGAAGAAGGCCUUGGUUACCCUUAUGGGCAAGUACAAUGAUAGCAAGAGUGUCCACAAUGUGUUCCAGAGGUACGGCUUGCUUAAAGCAAUGAUAAAGGAGGUGAUACGGUUAGAGACCCAAUACUGGACCCUCGUGGACAUACCGAAACAGGAGAAGCAGGAAACGGUGCCCGCGUUCGUGCUCCGUGCCUGUGCCAUCAUGGAGAAGACGCAGAAGUCUGGCGAGGGGGUCAAGACCUCCGCCCGGCUGGCUGAGGAGGCCCAGGAGAAGCGGGAGAGAAUAGAUCGUUUGGAAGAUAUGACGACUGCACAAAUCGAAGCUGAGAACACCCAAAUGACAAAUGACUUAUACCGAUUACUCAAGAAAUACUCUGGCUUGAGGAAUCUUAUCAGACAACUGAAGACUGAAUACUCAAACGCUAAGCUGUAUCCCAUGGUUCUUCGAUACACAAUGCUCAAGGACAUGAUCAAGGACAUCCUCCUACAUCCUGAUUACAUGGAGGUGUGCCACGAGGUGGAUGCCUAGCCCAAAUCCUUCUCCCUUUCACCUAGGGAGGACCCAACAGUCAGUCGAUAGUGAAGAUGUUUCUUCCGACUAGCCACAAACAACAUAGAUACAGCUCGUUACAUCUUCAAGCUGAAGUGGAUGUUGAUUAUGUCUUGGUUUGGUGAACAUACUCUACAUAUUUGGAUGAUGUGCAUGGAAAAAUGUUGCUAUAUUUGUAUACAUAGAUAUCUAGGAUAAACAGAGGAAAAAACAUUGAUGUGUCAAAUAUCACUCAAUUCGAAGAAGAAACUGAAAGAGAGUUUUCGGUUUCAUGUUCGUUGUGUUCGAACUCUAUGGUCGAUCACUGCCAACGUUGAUGAAAAAACUGAUGUUGAAAGUAAUCAAGAGUAGGUUCUCGAUGAUCCGAGAAGAGUAUUAUGUAUGUAAUAUUUUGACUCAGGUUUAACGAGGAACUCUUUGUUUUUUCUAUAUUGGUGUCAUAUAUUAUACGAAGAUUAAAAAAUGUCUGAUGUACUGGGGAAAAAGUUAGCCAAUAUAAUUUGAUGCUAUACUGAGGAACUGUUUCUAUUUUUCUUGGAUAAAUAUAAUUUUGCUUCCACGACAAUAAGUAUCACAGCAAAAUUCAUCUUGUAUCUGUGAUUUUUCUAAUGAUAUGAAACUGAUAUUGACCCCAAAUAUAUGUGAUUCAUAUUUGGAUCUUCCACAUAUCUAUAUCACUUUCUUAUCGGUCUAUUGAUAUGCAAAAAGUACCUAAUUUCGUAAAAAAAAUUGUUGACUGUUUAAUAAUCGUAAUCAUAUCAACAUUAGUUUGUAAUAAGUGGUAAAUGUAUCUAUUGGAAGGAGCUAUUGGACCGCUGGUGUAAAUGUUCAGCUAAAUAUAAUUAUUGUGAGUUUUAAUUGAUACUGAAAAUAGCGAUGUUACGCUUAAUAUUUUAAUGAAAGUAUGAUCAAAUGAAUGAACCCAAAACAAUGGAUCCGAUUUCCAAAAUUUGGAGAUGUUGAUUUUACUCAAUAAAAUUCCUGUUAACAGUUGGACAUAUUAUGUACUACAAAAAAAAUUUAUUUCGUAUUAAUAGUUGACCUAGUUUAUAUAAGAGAAUACUUUAUGUGCAUUCAACGGAAAAGGAAAAAAUUAUCCAACAGGGUUAUUAAUAAUGUAUUACGUUCAUUUCAAAGUUUACGAUGAGUUAUAUGACAAAAUUAUAAAAUAAAUAGUUAUUCGAAUUUACUAUAAAAUAUCUUUAAAACGUAUCGUUAAGUUUCAAAGGGGAUCAAUUGAAUUCAGACCUUUCGGCUAAGAUAAACUAUAAUUUUGUAAUGUGUCAACUCGUGUGAGAUAUAUAUUAUAUAUAGUUAUUUAUUGUAAAUGUAUUGAUGAAAUGUUGCUUUGUUAAUAAAUUUUUGUGC